AUGCUACGAAUACUUAGUUUUUUCACCUUAUUACCAUACUUAUCAAGUUACAAAUUCUACGCAGAUCCGCUUGUAGUGGCAACUCCGAAUAAAAAUGUUUAUGAAUUCGACAUGGUUUUGACCAAAAAGUUGACAAUGAGUUAUUCCAAUUUUGAUCCUUACAAACAUACUAAUCUAGUUGACUAUGAUCCUACAACAAAAUCUUGGUCUAGUAGGGAUCCAGAUCAGCUGAAACCUUGUAACUCGAGUUUUCACAUGAAUAUCAUAACAAACUCAGCAGACGCUUCAUACCUCGAAGAUGUUCUUGUUUUAGAUGGACUGCAUAAACGCGUAAUUGCCAUAAAUGGACAUAGCCCGGGCGAAACAUUGGUUGUGCCUUUAAACAGCGAAGUUUUACUGAAAGUGAGAAAUAAUCUUCUUCUUGAUUCUGUUACCAUACAUAUACAUGGAUUAGACAAGAAAUAUGCCUGGUAUACUGAUGGAGUAGCUUUUGUGCAACAGUGUCCUAUUACUAGUACAACAUAUUAUGAAUAUCGUUUUCGAGCUGAUCGUAUUGGUACUCAUUGGCUCCAUGGCCAUAUGCAAUCAGAUAGAGGAGAUGGACUUCUAGCAGGUUUCGUUGUUGUUGACACCGAUGACAGAUCUGUUCCUAAAAAUAUAGAUGAGCGUGUGACUCCUGAUAAGGAAUACAUGAUGAUGCUACAGGACUGGGCGACAACAACAAAUGAAGACUCGUGGAUGAUGCUAGAUGAAAAGGUUAUGAAAUGGAUGUACGGCUUCGAAAACACUGAAGAAUGUUGGAUGCCUACUCGACUCCGAGAUGGAGGGAAUGUUGGAGGUGCUGUACCUAUCUCGGCCAUUCUUGUUAACGAAAAAGGCUGGCAUGACCAAAAGGCCGUUCAAGAGAGACCAUUGGACUUGCCGUUGGAAAUAUUCCGUGUUGAGAAAGGAGAAAAUGUUUUACUGCGGAUUGUCAACGGAGGUAUUGCUCAAGAACUCAUGAUUCAUAUAGAAGACCAUGAUAUGACUCUUGUAGCGGCUGAUGGAAAUGAAGUUAAACCCAUGAAUAUUUCACGUUUGAUAAUUUUUCCCGGAGAGAGAUAUGAUAUACUCGUGCAAGCGAAAACUGAUCCCAAAAAACAAUACUACCCAAUUCAUGUUGAAACCAUUCAGUUUUACAGCUGGGAUUGGACUAAAUUAUCCACAACUUAUGGUUUUGCUUUUAUCUCCUACAACAAUAUGACUAAAUCUGAUGACGAUUAUAAACCACCUGAUCUCACAAACUCUGACUGCAACGCUGAAGCUCCCUGCAAAGUUUUCAACUGCCCUUUCCGACGUUUCGCUCCAGAGUAUAACUAUACAUGUAUUCAUUUCGAUACCCUACAAAACGGAAAGGACAUUGAUAGCAGCCUUCUAUCAGACAACACCCAAGAUCCAUCAAAAUUUGAGGAGUAUUUCAUCAACAUGCACUUCGAUUCUCAUGUCAAUGGUUACAAAUUCGAAUACCCAACAGGUCUUCCUUAUUAUGAAGAAAAACAGUUCGAUGCAUUCUCUAAACCCUGUGAUCCUGAAAAAUGUCCUAAAAAUAGUAACAAAUAUGAUAGAAAUUGCAAUUGCUUCUACCAUUUGAAACACAAGUUAGGGAAUAUUGUGCAGUUGACAAUAUAUAAUAUGGGUUUGGGUGGUGGUUAUGGUACUGGUUAUGCUCAUCCUUUCCAUAUUCAUGGAACUCAUUUCUAUGUCGUUAAGGUGGGAUGGCCGACUUACAAUUCUAGCGGAAUGAUAGAGAAUAUGAAUUCCGAUAUCCUCUGCGAUGGGCCAGAGGCUAACUGUGAUGACUCGAGCUGGACAGAUUCUGCAUGGAAACUCGGGGCCCUUCCUGAUAUGAGACCUAGGCCGGCGUUCCGUGAUACUGUAUUGUUACCCGUAGGAGGUUACAUAACGAUUAGAUUCCGAGCUGAAAACCCUGGUUGGUGGUUCGCUCACUGUCAUCUUGUGUUACAUCACAUGGGUGGUACGGCCUAUGCUUUCAAGGUGGGCGAAGACGAUGAGAUUCCUGAACCUCCUGAGAAUUUCCCACAUACUUGCGGACAGUUCGUCAUGGAUAAGUUGCCUUCGGAGGUUAAGAAGAAGAAGUCUUCCACCACCCAUUCCUCAACGGUGCUGUAUAUCAUUGCUCUCAUAAUAACUUAUUUACUUUGA